CCACCAUGCACUCUUCACCAUGGAUAGUCUUCCUCCUCCUCUGCGCCCUCGCCUGCGCCGAUGCCAAACGCCAUAAUGGUCAGGAGAAGCGCGUCAAACCGCAGCAGCCUCUGCCGACCUCUCAGCCGGCGAAGAAGCCGAGAGGCCGCUCGGUCCUCAGCUCCGGAGAGUUCACCACCAAGGAGGGGCACAGCUGCACCUGGCAGACCUCCGGCGAGGGAUUGGUGAGCCUGCUGGUCAACUGCAGCGUUACAGGAAACGAGGAAAGGUACUGGUGCCGCUACGCUGGGAAACCCGACCUGUGCCAGGCCUAUGGGUUCAAGUCCAGCCAGUACUGGAAGCAACUGGUGGGAAAGCUGAAGAAAAGGCUGAACGCCUGUGAGGGGGAGAAGUUUCUGAAGGCCAAAACCUGCAAGAAGGCGCCGGUGGAGGCCCACAUGAAGCUCGCCCAGCGCAGCGGAGAGGAGGAGAAGAAGCGGGCCAAAGAAGGAGGGAAGAAGAAAGGCGGAGCGAAGAGCUCGGAUGGAGAGAAGACCGACAGGAAGCAGAAGAAGGAGAAGGAUGAGGAAGAAGAGAAGAAGAAGAGAGAGGAGAGGACUGAAGCUGAGGAGGAGAAAAUGAUGAGCGACAUGCAGCCGGUGCAGACGUACUGCAGCGAGGGAUGGCAUUCUGUCUGCUCCUUUUUUGUCAAGUUCUUUGAGGGUUGAGAAGAAAUUCAGACAAAUCAGUCACAGAAAAAAGAAAAAUGAAAAGCAUCUUGUAGAAUUUAUGG